AGGUACAUGUUAUCGUAAUAUGACGGGCGCAAGGUGGAGAAGCAGGUAUGGUCUUCUCAGUGACGGCCAUCGCCCGUAAGUCACUUUCCGUAACUCGAAUGCGAGGCGAUCAUGAGGAUGGGCCGCAGGCCUUCGCGCCUUCUCACGGAAAAGGAAGGCGGUGACAUGGUCCGAUCGUCGUCCAGCGCCGUCCUUACCUUACGGGGUCCGCUGGUAUCGUCUACGAAACAUCGCAGGGAGCGAGUGCUCUCCAAUCAAGCGAUCAGCAGAGCUAUCCGAGACCAAGGGUAGUGGUGUAUGUCAUAGGGGAGGAAAUAGGUAUAUGCUUUCCGGCUGGACGGCACAUUGUGCUUGGUGGUAGGACGGUCUAACAUUGUGUCCGCGAAGAUCAUGAACAGGCCUGGUGUACCAUUCGCAGCUUGUCAGAAAGCCUCUCGCGAAGGUGGAACAAUAGAACCUUGGGCGAUCCACAUUGCGCGGGCGUCGACGGCCAGGCUACACGACCCCAGGUAUUUUUGUAGUGCAACGCAUUCGACGUGCCUUCAGGGAGUCCGCUGACGGACUUCGAUACGUCUCCCCUUACCUGCGAAGGAGUGAUCGCGCAGAUAGGAAGCCCAUCCCCGCGGAUAUGGCCAAUCGCUCCCUGGAUGCGCGGAUUUCUGCCAUUGGCAUACGUGCCCCAUGGUCUGGAGAGAAAGAACCGGUGCCAAUUGGAACCGACGCCGGCUUCAAGUGAACCGUUGACUGGCCGCAGCUUAAGCAUAAUACGGCUUGAUGACCACACGGAAGUGACGGAUCCCUCGGCCGCUCCACUCGACACAGUAUUUGUAAUGCAAAGUGUGCGUUCUCGUCAUGCGGCGUGCUGAUGAACGAACUGGCGGCCUUGUGGGACAGGAUGACGUUGUUGUUCGGCUACAACAACGUAAAAUGUUCCCUCCAGCCGGUCGACCAGACCAGCGGACCGACACGUUCACAUGGAGCUGCUGUUGGUAGAGACACGGGCAGUACGAGUGCCAAAGUAGGACUGGCGACGGCAUCUGGCGCGACAACGAUAUCUCCGGGAUCGGGAGGUACGAUGAGUUGAAGAUUUGAGGGCAAUGGCGACCGCCUGGCCACAGGUGUGGUUACGAAGGCAGUCGGAUGUUGUGCUGACCUUGGCUCCCAGGACUCGAUCUUUCUGUCACCAAGACGGCCUUUUAACGGGGAUGAGGUGAAGAGCCAAUGCCAGGAUUCGGGUGUACACCUGAGCAUUCUGAGUCCCCUAUCCGUUUGUCCUCAUGUACAGCGCCGUCGGCUCGUAUCCUCGAGUCCCUGCGAAGGCCAGCCACGCGGCGAUAAGAAUCGCCGCACUAACGGAUUCCGGGAUGCCAUACGCCGAAGCCGUAUGUGCGAGACGAGUCCACCACAAGACGCUACACGUCCUCAUGCCAGCCUAGCCCAUGAGAGAGGGUCUUUGAGGACGUCAAUGGAAAGUCGGUAUAAUGUUGUUGCUCAGCGUAGAACUGACGCUUCCAAUGGGUGCGUGGCAAAACCAUGAGUUGGCGUUCGAACAUCGAACGCUCACGUAUGUCCAGAUCCAGCGCCGAAGCCUACCUCGAGGCAGAGGGCUUCCUUCCUUGGUCCGCUGUGGCUCACAUGUCGUCUGCCCGGGGGUGGGCCCACCUAGACCACAUUCCGGACGGUUCUGCGUACGAGAUAAAGAAACCCGUAGUCCUGGACGUCGUGGUAUGAGCCUCUCUGAAGGGUCUGGUACGCUCCAACCUCCCAGAUGAGUCGAGGGAAAAGCCGGGCGAAUGAACUGCCGUCUGCAGCCGAAGGAAUUGGAAACCGUG